GAGCAGGUGAGCAGGCAAGAAUUGGAUGUAGGUAGCAGCUUAGAAUGGCGGCCUGUAGCAGUGCUCUGCAUGGUGGGCAGUCGCAUUGCGUGUUACCAAGCAACGGCACCGCCUACGCAAGGAACCUUAGCUCUGCGUUGCAAGGAGAGCCCCUAAACCCGCUCCUCUGCGGCCAAUCUGCUGUCAGCACUUUUCCAUUUUAUGGAAUUGGGAGUAGCAGAACAUAUCAGGACAGGGCUCCACUUAAGGUUUCUGCCAGAAAGCAAACUGGGGGCGAGGACAAGAAAAGUGCCCGCCCCGCCGACUUGAACCGACUGCGAGAGGACUUGCUGAAGGAGAAGUCUGCUAAGGGGGGCCGGCGAGACAGAGACUAUGAGUUUGAUGAUGACGAUGUUGCGGAGAGGAGAGGCUUCCCGGAAGAGCGCCGCAAUUCUCGCUAUGAUGAGAGCGGUGGUCGAGGUUGGCAGGAACGGAGGGGCGGUAAUGGUGGAAGGUAUGGCGGCCAGGGGUCUUCAAGAGACCGCGACUCUGAUUAUGCUGGAAGGGGGGGGAGAAACGGCGCAAGGUGGGAUGAGGAUAGGUUCAGUGAAGGGCGGGGGCGGGCAUCUUAUGGCGGCCGAAGAGGAGGACCCGGUAGGUUUGGGCGUGGGGGUUACUCUCAGGUGGGCCAACGGACAAUUGGUCGGGGCCAAGGCAGUGGUUAUGGAAGCGAUAGGGAAGGUGGUUAUAGGGAGGAAAGCCGCUAUGGAGGAGGGGACCGCUUAUCAGGAGGGUAUGGCGCCGGAGGGCGAGGGAGGGAUAGCUCAAGAGGGGGCAGGGGAAGUUUUGGGGGCCGGGGUUUGGUGCCUGCAGCUGGAAGAACCGGGGCAUUGGCGCUGCAAAAGCCGAGACCAAUGGUGGAUUUCAGUGAGGAUGAGGAUGAGUAUGAGGAGGAUGAGUCUGAUUAUGAGGAGGACGAUGAUGAGCUGCCGCCGGACACGUUUGUGAUGAAGGAUGCACAGGGGGAAGAGGUGGUGGUGUUUGGGCACGAGGGGCUGGACCCGUCGCAGCUGACCCAGGAAAUGCUGACCUGGACGCCCAUCCAGAUUGAAACAGAGACCACCAAAGACGGGAACAUGGAGGAAGAGGACUGGUGGAAGCUGCUGGAAGGUGAUCGGUAUGUGGGAGAUUGGAAGGCGCCCUGGGCGAAGAAAGGGGACGACGAGGAUGAAGACGAGGACGACGAGGAAGAUGAGGACGAUGUUGCAGUAGAGGAGAUUGAUGAGGAGACGGCCGUCAAGCUGUUUGGAAAGGAAGGGGCCGCCAGGCUGUUUGCAGGAGAGGACGAUGAGGACAUUUACUUCGAGGUCGAAGAGGAAAUUGACGACGAGACGGGGGAGACUGUAGAAGUUUACGAAGUCAAAGAGGUGGGGCGCGUCAAGAUCGACCCGAGCGGAGCCAUUGACACGAUAGUGGAGCCUGCGAUGGAAGAAAAGAUUGUCGCCGGACCGUCAAAAGACGGCGGGGUAAAAGCAGUUUUGUCGGGGGGUGAGAAGGCUGGGCGAGACGAUAAUGAGGCCAGUGUGAACAGCUCCGUGGGAGAGGAGUCGACGAGUGGGGCAGGGGCCCGUUCACACCAGUCCCUGGGUGCCUCCGGCAGACCGGAAGUCGAAGCUGUGCUCAGGAAGACGGCAGAUCUCGUCAGCGAAGAACUUUCUACCAGUUCAGGAACUUUAGCAGCUUCAGAUGAAUCAGUCAGCGAUGCCGAAGAAGAGACGUCCGAGUCGGGUUCCUUUUUGGAGGACGGUUCUGACGGCGAGUCGGAUGGGGAGUGGAGCGGCCAGGCGCCCUUUCGAGUCUUCGGAAAGACGUUUGGCCGCAAAAGGCGUCUCGGGGCACUGCCGGAAACCACUGCCGAGCCCGUGAGGGCCUCAGAGGUCAUCGGGAGCCUCAACGACGAGUGGCGGCGGGUGCCGGCGGCGAAGGCCCCCGCGGACGUCAGUACAUCGCCAGGAGCCCCUGCUGACGUGGGUGCCACGUCAGGGCCGUCUGCUGACGUCAGCACGACGUCGGGGCCUGUGGGAGACGACUUGGGACAUGGGGAGAUAGGGACAAGUGACGGGUCAGCUGCGAAGGCGGCGAUUGUUGGUGAAAGGGAGGGAUCACAAGAGGCGGAAGGUGUCCCGGUCUCGGUUGGAAACGGAGGAGCAAAAGAGUCUUCUAUGAACGGAAUGAGGAUGGGAAGGACAGAAUUUAGAGAAGCGGAGGAUGCAGUCGCAAGAGUUGGGGCUCUGGCAGAGAAUCUGGCAGGCAUGUUGGAUCGAUUGAACGCUGCAGAUGUUGCGCUAGACAGUACUGCGUCUGCUCUUGGAAGCAUCAGCGAGGCCAUCCUCAGGAACGAAGUGAAAGCGGAGGAAUCGCGCCUAAAGGACUCUUCCGAAACCCCUCUCCGAAUGGACUCGCAAGAGUCAAGCAGCAGCGUCUGGUUAGAUAAGGCCUCCGAUAGGGAGGGGCCCUCAACUUCCCCUCACAUGUCAGAAAGCGACUCGCCUUUCGACGAUGACGUCAGCAGGGGAGAGGGUCCCGCCGUGAUAAGGGGGGAGGAAACGCAGGCGCCGGGCCCUCCCAAAAAGUCGAAGAAGGAGCUGCGAAAGGAGGCGGCCCAGGUGCCGCAUCUGGGGUCGGGGCGGAGUAACUACGAGCGCGACUUAGCAGAGGAGUUCUUCAGCAAGAAGAGCUUCACAACGGCGGGCGCGAGCGAGGACGCCGCGGUGGCGUUGGCGGCGAUGGGAGUGCUUAGGCCGAGCCACAUACAGGCCCUUGCGUUCCAGCCCGUGUUGACCGGCACCGACUGCAUCAUCGCCGACCAGACGGGCAGCGGCAAGACGCUCGCAUAUUUGGCGCCCAUUGCGCAGCGGCUGCGGCAGGAGGAGGCAGCGGGCGCGCGCAAGGCCGCGCCCACUAGACCCAAAGUGCUCGUGCUGACGCCCACUAGCGAGCUGGCCGCGCAGGUCCUGACCGUUGCUCGGAGCCUGUCCAUGAGCGGAGUGCCGUUCCGGUCGAUCGUGGUCACGGGCGGCUACAAGUGGAAGACGCAGGUUGACGCGCUAGAGGCCGGAGCGGAGGUCGUGAUUGCCACACCGGGCCGGCUCGUGCAGCAUCUCGAGAAGGAGACGCUCUGCCUGGAUGACGUCAAAACCAUCGUGGUGGACGAAGUCGACGUUCUCUUCGACGACGACGACUUUGGUGAAUUUCUGCGCCCGUUGCGUGCGCGCGCCCCCCAGCUCGCGCAGUACGUGUUCGUGACGGCAACGCUCCCGCUCGAUGUGCACGAGCGGCUGCUCGCCGAGUUCCCCUUUGCGACGUCCGUCCUGGGGCCCAAUCUGCAUACCACCGCUUCUGGGCUUACGGAGGUUCUGGUCGACUGCAGUGGCGGUGACGAGAUUAGCGAGGAGUCAGGCUUCGAGCGCAAGAAGGACGCGCUGUUGCAGAUCGUCGGGGGCCGGCCGCGGCCACGGGAGCGCGCGACGAGCGGCGACGACGACGAGUGGGACUUCGGGCGGGAGCGGUCGGCGCGGGACCGGAGGGAAUCGCGGCGAAAGAGCGGAUCGAGCACCGCGAAGAAGACGCUCGUGUUCUGCAACAAGAUUGAAACGUGCCGGAAGGUGGAGAACGCGCUGAGGCGACGGGAUCGGGGGGAAAACGAUUUUGAGGUCCUGGCGUACCAUGCCGCGCUCUCUGCCGACGUCCGGCAGGCCAACAUGCAGCGCUUCCUGCGCCCGGUGGGCGGCCCCGGGAGCAAGCCUCUAGUUCUCGUGUGCACUGAUCGCGCGUCCCGGGGGGUCGACAGCGCGGACGUGGAGCAGGUGGUGCUGUUCGACUUCCCCCGGGAACCGAGCGAGUAUGUGCGGCGGGUCGGGCGGACAGCUCGGGGGGCGGGCGGAACCGGAACCGUUUACGUGCUGGUGCUAGGGCGACAGGUGGCAAUUGCCCGGAAGAUUCUGGACCGGAACGAGAGAGGGGAGCCGGUGCAUCAGGUGCCCGCGGCAAUCAUCUAAAAACGGUAGGCUAUAGAACUUAAUGCGGCCUAUUACUUACGUUGAACUGGGGCUUGCGUGCUAGGCAGGUGACAACACCAGGAAGAGCCUGAAUGGGGUCGGGAGAAGGGACGGGAGACUGAUGCAUACGUGCUGGCGGCAAUGGAUUUGACAAGGCCCGCAAAGAAGAGUGAUGCGGUGUUGGCGAUACAAUCGAGUUGAGCGCUCACAAAGGAGAAGGCAGGCAGUGAACACUGGUGAUUUAUUGUCACGUCUCUCAAGGCCUCCGUGACGAUUCCUGUCUGACGUUUGGGCAACUGAUGUGGCGGCGGUUCAAAUUCAUAGUAGGCGAUCAGCUUGCAGGCAUUCGACAUGAUGAUCUGCUUGCAGAUGGUUUCGAUAUCUCAUGAUUGCAGCUUGCAGACAAUAUCGACCGUCGCGUGUAGAUGUUGGGCACUCAGCAAAACACAAUUGGCACUUAAGCUUAUCAUGCAACGUGUAAGCUGAGCCGUCACAAUGGCUGUAAGCUGAGCCGUCUUGGUAGCUGAAAACUAACUAAAGAAUCUAUGUUAUAGGCGGUAUAGUCAGUGGUGAAGUUGUCCACAGGUCAACUGACAUUUUUGUGCCAUGUAUAAUGCUUCCUCUGUUGAGAAACAUCACGAUCACUCAU